UCCUGGAUUACAUUAUUUGAUAAUCAGAUCAAUGCUUCAAAAAAGGAAGACUCAGAAAGCAUUAAUAAAAAUGACACUUCAAAGAAGAUGUCUGUUGAGAGAGUUUAUCAGAAAAAGACUCAACUUGAGCACAUCCUUCUCCGUCCCGAUACCUACAUUGGAUCAGUUGAACCAUUAACUCAGCUAAUGUGGGUUUAUGAUGAAGAUGUAGGAAUGAAUUGCAGAGAAGUUACCUUUGUUCCAGGCUUGUACAAGAUCUUCGAUGAAAUCCUUGUAAAUGCUGCUGACAAUAAGCAGAGGGACAAGAAUAUGACUUGUAUUAAAAUUUCCAUUGAUCCGGAAUCAAACAUUAUCAGCAUAUGGAAUAAUGGAAAAGGUAUACCAGUUGUGGAACACAAAGUAGAAAAAGUAUACGUACCUGCUUUAAUCUUUGGGCAGCUGCUAACAUCCAGCAACUAUGAUGAUGAUGAGAAAAAAGUUACAGGUGGGCGCAAUGGAUAUGGUGCAAAACUUUGUAACAUAUUUAGUACAAAGUUUACAGUUGAAACUGCAUGCAAGGAAUACAAACACAGCUUUAAGCAGACUUGGAUGAACAACAUGAUGAAGACCUCUGAACCCAAGAUUAAGCAUUUCGAUGGUGAUGACUACACAUGCAUUACAUUCCAGCCAGAUCUGUCUAAGUUUAAAAUGGAAAAACUUGAUAAAGAUAUUGUGGCCCUCAUGACAAGAAGAGCGUAUGAUUUGGCUGGGUCAUGCAAAGGAGUCAAAGUCUUGUUCAAUGGGAAGAAAUUACCUGUAAAUGGAUUUCGCAGUUACGUAGAUCUUUACGUAAAAGACAAGUUGGAUGAAACUGGAGUUGCCCUCAAAGUUAUUCAUGAAGUUGUGAAUGAGCGAUGGGAUGUGUGCCUCACUUUAAGCGAAAAAGGGUUUCAGCAAAUCAGCUUUGUGAAUAGUAUAGCUACCACAAAGGGUGGUAGGCAUGUUGAUUACGUGGUGGAUCAGGUUGUGGGCAAACUGAUAGAAGUUGUGAAAAAGAAGAAUAAAGCUGGAGUUUCAGUGAAACCAUUUCAGGUGAAGAAUCAUAUAUGGGUUUUUGUUAAUUGCUUGAUUGAAAACCCAUCAUUUGAUUCCCAGACAAAGGAAAACAUGACAUUGCAGCCUAAAAGUUUUGGGUCCAAGUGCCAGCUAUCUGAGAAAUUUUUUAAAGCAGCCUCUAACUGUGGUAUCAUAGAGAGUAUUUUAAAUUGGGUCAAAUUUAAGGCACAAACUCAGCUGAACAAAAAGUGUUCAUCAGUGAAACACAGCAAAAUCAAGGGCAUACCAAAACUGGAUGAUGCUAAUGAUGCUGGUGGCAAACAUUCCUUGGACUGCACGUUAAUAUUAACAGAAGGGGACUCUGCCAAAUCUUUAGCCGUCUCUGGCUUAGGUGUUAUUGGUAGAGACAGAUAUGGAGUAUUCCCACUCAGGGGUAAAAUUCUCAAUGUUCGAGAAGCUUCUCACAAACAGAUUAUGGAAAAUGCAGAAAUCAACAACAUCAUCAAAAUAGUUGGACUACAAUACAAGAAAAGCUAUGAAGAUCCAGAAUCUCUGAAAAGUUUGAGAUAUGGAAAAAUUAUGAUCAUGACAGAUCAGGAUCAGGAUGGUUCUCACAUAAAAGGCUUGUUGAUCAAUUUUAUUCAUCACAAUUGGCCAUCACUGUUGAAACAUGGCUUUCUUGAGGAAUUCAUCACUCCUAUUGUAAAGGCAAGCAAAAAUAAGCAAGAACUUUCAUUCUAUAGUAUUCCUGAAUUUGAUGAGUGGAAGAAACAUAUGGAGAAUCAUAAAGCAUGGAAGAUAAAAUACUACAAAGGUUUGGGUACCAGCACUGCUAAAGAAGCAAAAGAAUAUUUUGCUGACAUGGAAAGACAUCGGAUCUUAUUUCGAUAUGCUGGUCCUGAAGAUGAUGCUGCCAUUACACUG